AUGGCUAUCAACACGGACGCAGCCUUUGGGAAAAGCGCCCUUGGUGAGAGGGAAGUUUCCAAUCCCACCGACUUCCAGGACACGGAGAAGCUCCUGAGCACCGGGAACACCGAGCCCUCCGGGCAGAGCAACAUCAAACCGUCCGACUCCUUCUCCCUCAACAUCAGAGGCAGCAUCCGGUCCCUGGAUGCGGACCAGAACGGGCACAGAUCCCCGCUGAAGUCGGGCUCCAUCGGGCAUCUGGUGGCCCCUCCCAGGUCCCUGUCCCGGCUCAGCCUGGGCCCGCUGCCCUCCUCGGUGCCGCCCGGGUCCGCACCCCCGACCUACCUCUGGCUCGCCGUGCUGUCCUGUUUCUGCCCCGCCCCGCCGCUCAACAUAUGUGCCUUGUGGUAUGCACAUGUGUCGAAGUCUGUUCUCCAUACAGGAGAUAUAGAAGGAGCAAGGAAGUAUGGGCGCCUGUCUAUGCUGCUCAGCUGUCUGGCGAUGCUGCUGGGUGUGGCUGUCAUCCUCCUCAUAGCGUUUACAAUAGAGCUCCAGAAUUAAACUGUGGGAUGGACGGAGUCACAUUUAACUUAAUCUGAUCUCACAUUUGCACAGAAGAGUGGAGGAGGAGGAACGUUUUGAAAAAAUUGAAAAAGCACAAAAUCUGUUGAAAACAAGCUGAAGAGACUCUUAUGUAAAACAUAUUGCUUUUUCUGCUAUGGACGAGAGAAAGAAGAAGGAAAGAAGUCGCAGGCUGUUUCUCUUUUUCCGGCAACACUCAUGUCUCAUAAGUAACACACAAACUCAGGAAAACGAGCGCUGCACACAGUUAGUGUUGUCGGAUCAUCAGACUGCACAUGCUGUGGAGAAAGUGUAACUG